AUGAAGGACCUUUUAUCAAAGAAAUGCAGGUUGAAGGAAUGCGAAACAGUGGCCUUGACAAAGGAAUGCAGUGCAAUCAUCCAGAAGAAACCUCCUCCCAAGCUGAAGGAUCCGGGCAGCUUCAGUAUUCCUAUCGAAAUAGGAAACAUUGAAGUUGGAAAAGCAUUAUGUGAUCUAGGAGCAAGUAUCAACCUGAUGCCACUGUCCAUGUGCAGAGCUCUUGGAAUCAAAGAGCUCAAGCCGACUACAGUUUCUCUCCAGUUAGCUGAUAGAUCGAUCAGACGACCAGAUGGGGUAAUUGAGGAUGUUUUAGUUAAAAUCGAUAAAUUUAUCUUCCCUGCAUAUUUUGUAGUUCUGAAUAUGGAAGAAGACACCGAAAUUCCCCUAUUACUUGGAAGGCCAUUCUUAGCCAUCUUGAAGGCAAUUAUUGAUGUGGAGCAAGGAAAACUGAUGCUGAGGGUGAACGAAGAAACAGUCACCAUUGACGUCUUCGAGUCAAUGAAACAUCCAACAGACGGAGAAGACUGUUUCAUGAUAGACAUAAUACAAGAAGCAAUUGAUGAUGCUAUGAAAGAGGAGAGUUCCCCGCUCGAGUUAGAACAAAUCAACGACGACGUUGAAAUAGCUGAUAAAGAACCAGUGGUGGAAGAACUUGAAAGAAAGAAAGAUGACAUCCCUCUUGGAGCACCAAAGGGUAACAACAAUACCUAUCCAGUCAUCAUCAAUGUUGAGCUAACAACAGCAGAAGAAGAGAAACUUCUUAAAGUGCUGAAGAAACACAAAGCUGCCAUAGGAUGGUCCUUCUCCGACCUAAAAGGUAUAAAUCCUUCCUUUUGUACUUAUAAAAUUCUAAUGGAAGAUGAUAUAAAACCUGUGAGGCAGCCACAAAGGAGACUCAAUCCAACCAUGAAAGAAGUGGUUAGAAAAGAAGUAGUAAAACUAUUGGAUGCAGGUACGAUCUACCCAAUAUCUGAUAGUGCAUGGAUAAGUCCUGUACAAACGGUACCCAAGAAAGGUGGAGUCACCGUGGUGAAGAAGGAGAACAAUGAGUUGAUUUCAACAAGGACAGUCACUGGGUGGAGGAUAUGCGUUGACUACAGAAGACUAAACACAGCCACUCGGAAGGACCACUUCCCACUUCCUUUCUUGGACCAGAUGUUGGAGAGACUAGCUGGCCAUGCCUUCUACUGCUUCCUGGAUGGGUACUCAGGCUACAACCAAAUAACAGUAGCUCCAGAAGUUCAAGAAAAGACAGCAUUCACAUGCCCUUACGGAGUCUUCGCUUACCGGAGGAUACCCUUCGGCCUGUGCAAUGCUCCUGCAACUUUCCAAAGGUGUAUGCUUUAUAUCUUUUCUGAUAUGAUUGAGAAAUCUAUUGAAAUCUUCAUGGAUGACUUCUGUUUUUGGUCCCUUGAUAUGCGCUUAGCAUAUAAGGAAAUCUGA